CAAGUACCAACACUUUCCACCUUAUCUUCAACAAUUUCUGCAAGCAUAUAAAAACCCAUACACACGUUUUCCGGAGCUUGAUUAUCUGUAACAAUGGCAGUAAAUUUGAACCCAUCGUUAACCCGUUCCCCAGCCUCCACACUCUCUCUCUCCACCCGACUCUGUUCUCCCGUCAAUUGCCAUUUCGGCAAAUCGCAGGGCCGCCUCUUCUCGCCAUUAAUACCUUCUCUGAAGCUCCCCGCUACGAACACGAGAAUUUCACCGGACCGCCAUUUUUCGCCGCUAAUUCCUGCUAAUUCGAAGAUUCGUGUUGCAAGCACGAGAAGGCCGUCCACUAUUUACUGUUUCAAAAACAGCGCCCCCGAAGAAUCUCUUCAGAAAGAUAAGGGAUUCAGCUUGCAAGUAUUGAAACGGUGGGAUGUGCCGUGGAAUUGGCAAACAAUCUCUCUGACCUCACUUGCAUGUGGAUUCAGUUUCGUUUUGACAGGACUGAUUGAGGCGGCAGCAAUACAGUAUUCAGGGAUUAACAUUCAGGAGUUAAGUUUGGAUGGGACUGCAGAAAUUUUAUUUCUGACCCAAGGCAUUGCAACUGCUGUGGUUCUCACAGUUCUGUUAAGUCUGACAAAAUCGUUCUCUCCUCUCCCCGAUGACAUAUAUCAAUAUGACUGGCGUGAACCUUUCGAUCUUAAGAAAGGUUGGUUGUUAUGGGCUGGAAUUGGUCUUGGUGGAGCUCUAGCUGCAGUUGCUGUGACAGGGGCAGCAAUGUCUUUUUUCAGCUUUAAUCCAGAGAGAAAGACGGAUUCUCUCAUGAUGUUGCUUCCAUUGAUUGGAUCUUCAACUAUCAGCACUGCCUGCUUGGUGGGUGUCACAGGCGUACUUGCUCCCGUUCUUGAGGAGACUGUCUUUAGAGGGUUUUUUAUGGUUUCUCUUACAAAAUGGUUGCCCACACCACUUUCUGUGCUUCUUAGUGCUGCCGUAUUUGCAUUAGCGCAUCUCACUCCUGGAGGAUUUCCGCAGCUCUUUGUUCUUGGAAUUGUUUUGGGGUUCUCUUAUUCGCAAACACGAAACCUUCUAACACCCAUCACAAUUCACGCCUUUUGGAAUACCGGGGUUAUCAUACUUCUCACCUUCCUUCAGCUCAAUGGAUAUGAUAUCAAGGAAAUGUUACAAAGUCAAUAAUUCAGAUGGGUCCAAGUUAAUUUCGUCGGCUUCUUGGUGGAUGUUAUGCAGCUCAAUCCGCGAAUACACAGAGCUGCAAAAGCUUGUAUCGACUGUGUUAAAACGGUUUUGGUUUAUUACACUCCAAUAGUUCGAUAAUAGUACAUGUUAUAUAGUCGUGCCAAAUACUUGUUGACGUAUAUACGAAUGUUCUUCACGUGUUAGUAACAUCUUUGUUGUGCAGUAUCAACAUUUCAAUUAUAUCUGUGAUUUCUUGCGACUCCGU